AUGCCCUUUAAGGUCUCAGAAGUGAAAACGGACUUCGAAUUCACGGAACUCAUCGCCUGUGAGUGGGAAUCCUACGAAAACCCACACCAGACUUUCUUCCGCUUAUUUUGCCCCAUUCGCGGAACAGGGCCAAAUGCUCGUCAAGAGUCUCUAGAAGAAUGUACUCAACGACAACUGGAAUGGCAUCGUAGCGAUCCUAGUAGUUACUGGCAAAAAGUUACGGACACUGCGACUGGGGAGAUUGUCGCUGGUGCACUUUGGAAGUUGUACUCGGAAAACCCCUUCGAGAAGGAGGAUCAUGAGGAAGCUUAUUGGUAUCCUGAGGGUGGACAGAGGGAGUACGUUAAUGGAGCUUUGGAAAUUUUUGGGCGGCCGAGAGCUACCAUGGGUCGGAGACCACAUGUUUAUCUCAACAUCAUCUUCACACGAAGCGACUACCGGCGCCAAGGAGCAGGCGAUCUGAUAAUGAACUGGGGAAUCACCAAAGCCCAGGAAAUGGGUGUAGAAAUGUGGCUUGAUGCUACUCCUUACGGAGUGCCUCUCUACAAAAAAUACGGCUUUGUGACAGUUAUUGAGAAUCCUCUUAAUCCCAAGAAAGAUGAUCCAGAUGAUGAAUGGAAGCAACUUGAUCAGGAGCUCGGUCCGCUGAGUAUGACCGUGAUGUGGAGACCUGCUAGUGGCUUGUACGAAGAAGGCAAGACUGUGUUUCCGUGGAAUGGGUCUACAGGUUUGAGUCGAUAG